CUGUCACUUUGGUACAGGCCAACACUCAGUACUCAGUACUCACGCGCACGGUUGUUUUAACCACCAACCCUUCUGUCAUGAACCACAUACGUCAAGCAUUACUUUCAGCAAGACGACCGGUUCGUCCGACUUCACUGGCACUCCUCCGCUGUCGGCGAACAUUCUCCUACACAUCGCGACUACAAGCCUCAGAGAAUGAAGACACCUUCCUUUCGCAAUUCAAGAACACUUCAAUAUUUGGGAAACUUGCGGAUAAGCCAGAUGCUUUGAUGGCGCUCCGAGAUUUUGCGGAACUUAUGAAGGCUCAAGGUAUUGACGCAAACACCCCACCCUCAACAUUCCAGAUGAUGAAGUUGGCUGCGAACUCGGAGUUUAGGGAAGCAGCGCAGAAAGUUGUCUCUGAGUUGCAAAAAGCGGGUGUGGACCUCACUUCGCAGGAUACUAUACAGGAGCUUAUGGGCCUGUCCAAGAAGGCAGGAGGGAAUUAAAAUGGGCUACUAUAGCGUAAAAUAGGUGCCUAAUAGUACUUCCUAGUCUCUGAUAUAAGCGACUUGCUGGCCUGUGCCUUGUGCUGCAAUUGUCAAUCCUUUG